GUUCUGCCUGGAGGCCAUCCCGGAAGUGGGAGAAGGCGGUUGUGGUCAGUGCGGGCUCCCUCCUCGGCCAGGCUCUGCGGGGUGCUGCUGGCGACAUGGCCGACACCGACCCGCGCUAUCCCCGCUCCUCUAUCGAAGAUGACUUCAACUACGGCAGCUGCGUGGCCUCGGCCAGCGUGCACAUCCGCAUGGCCUUUCUCAGGAAGGUUUACAGCAUCCUUUCUCUGCAAGUUCUCCUAACUACAGUGACCUCUGCCGUGUUCCUGUAUUUUGAGUCUGUGCGGACAUUUGUCCAUGAAAGCCCUGCGUUAAUUUUGGUGUUUGCCCUUGGAUCCCUGGGCUUGAUUUUUACGUUAACUUUGCACAGACACACGCAUCCUCUGAACCUCUACCUGCUUUUUGCGUUUACACUGUUGGAAGCUCUGACUGUGGCAGUUGUUGUUACUUUUUAUAAUGUGUACCUGGUUCUGCAAGCUUUCAUACUGACUACUGCAGUCUUUCUUGGCUUGACUGCCUAUACUCUACAGUCAAAGAGAGACUUCAGCAAAUUUGGAGCAGGGCUGUUUGCUGUCUUGUGGAUUUUGUGCUUGGCCAGAUUCUUGAAGAUUUUUUUUCACAGUGAAACACUGGAAUUGGUCUUGGCUUCUCUAGGCGCCCUUCUCUUCUGUGGAUUCAUCAUCUAUGACACACACUCGCUGAUGCACAGGCUGUCUCCUGAAGAGUAUGUAUUAGCUGCCAUCAAUCUUUACUUGGACAUUAUCAAUCUGUUCCUGCAUCUGUUGAGGUUUCUGGAAGCAGUUAAUAAAAAGUAAUUGAACAGAACACAGACCAUUGUAUUAUGUAAAAAGUUUGAAUUACACUUAAGUAUUAAAAUCGGUCCUGAUCUUUCUUGGCA